GUUUAAAAAGCGCUGGUGGAAGUUUCUAUCCUGACCGAGUAAAGAGAACGUUCGAUAAGUCCAGCGAGUCUCUUCAUUUCGGUAACUCGGUCCCCCUUCUGCUCAUCAAACUCGGUCAUCAACAAAUCAUCAUCCAUGGCGUCUCCUUCACGUUAAAUACUCGGACAAAGAUUCAUCCUUUCCGUUUCCUCUAAUCCCCAUUAAUGCAAGCAAACCCCGCCAUUUAUUCCCUGCCGCCGCCAAAAAAUGAUGUCUAGCUUAGUCGCCAAUCUCAGCACAAUCGCCGCCAAGUACCAACACAAACGCCUCCUCCAAACCCUAACCCACCAACAACAGCAAAACCCUCCAUCUCCGCCGCCGAACCCAUUUGGAAUAACUUCCCGUCCGUCGUCGGAAUCGCCUGCAGGAAGCAACCCGUCUUUCGUCAAUGGCGUAGCCACCAAGGAUCUCCACAUCGACCCACUGUCGUCACUCUCCAUCCGGAUCUUCCUUCCAGACACCGUCGUCUCCGCCGGAUCCGGGAUCUGCCCACGUUACGGCGGGUACUUGCCUCCUUCCGGGAAGCAGCCACGGCUGCUGAGGAAGCUCCCAGUGGUGUUGCAGUUCCACGGCGGCGGGUUUGUGAGCGGGAGCAACGAGUCAGCCGAGAACGAUUUGUUCUGCCGGCGGGUGGCGAAGGCUUGGGAUUCAUUGGUCGUGGCAGUGGGCUACAGAUUGGCGCCCGAGAGUAAGUACCCUGCCGCUUUUGAGGAUGGAGUGAAGGUUUUGAAUUGGUUUGUGAAGCAGUCCAAUUUGGGGGUUUAUGGCAGAUUAGGGGUUCAGAGUGGCAAUUUCGAUAGCUUUGGCGUUUCCAUGGUUGAGCCUUGGUUAGCUGCUCAUGGCGAUCCUUCUAGGUGUGUUCUCCUUGGGGUAAGUUCAGGGGCAAACAUAGCUAACUAUGUUGCUGAAAAGGCGGCGGAGGAAGGAAAUCUACUGAAUCCUGUGAAGAUAGUGGCACAAGUUCUGAUGUACCCUUACUUCAUGGGAACCGUGCCAUCACAUUGUGAAGCUAACUACACAACCUCGUACUUCUACAGCAAGUCGAUGUGUAAGAUGGCAUGGAAGCUGUUCCUUCCAGAGGUGGGAGCGUUUGGCGACCUAGAUCAUCAUCCAGCUGCCAAUCCUCUUGUUCCUGGAAAACACCCGCCUCUAAAGCACAUGCCACCAACAUUAACUAUAAUUGCAGAGCAUGAUUUCAUGAGGGAGAGGGCAAUUGCUUACUCGGAGGAGCUACGGAGAGUCAAUGUGGAUGCACCGUUACUUGAGUAUAAGAACGUCGGUCAUGAAUUUGCCACCCUUGGCUGGCUUCUCCAGACGCCACAAGCACAGGCUUGUGCGGAGGAUAUCGGGAUAUGGGUCAAAAAGUACAUAUCGGUUCGUGGCAACGAGCUGUCUUAUUGAGAAACAACAAGAGAGAUGAGAGGGUUGAUACAAAUCCUGAUGAAGAGAAAGUGAGAAUUGGCUAAUAGAGGGAUGAUCAUUCAUUGGUUGUGCCACAAGGUAGAAUGAGAAAGGAUUCGGCAGCCGAUCAUUGUAGGUUUGAUUGGAUGAGCGGGGAAGAGCCAGAUUCCCUUCUGGUUUAUCCCAUCUGCUUGUAAUGUAUAGGUUGGAGAAAGUUUUAUCCUUUGUUUCCCCUUGUAUAGUGAACGAGCAGCUUUCUUCAAACUCCUUGAAUUCUGAGAUGGACGGUUUUACUAAUUUGUUGUGUGUAUAAUUCUAAUUCGAGGAGACCCAAUGGACUAGUGUUCUUUCUCACCUUGUUCUGAUGUGGCUAUUCUGUCUUUUAUCGACUAAACAAAGUUCAGUAAUUUCUAUGCAGAGCUACUUCAAUUCCGGCUUGCUCAUGGAACUUGAGAGGAGAAUUUGAAUCGUCCAAAACUACUUUCCUUGUUCCAGAGAUGGCGGUCAACCAAAAACAAUGCCUACCCGAACGGCACGACUCAAUAUGCCUUCUUCAGAAUAUUUUAAUCAUUCAUUCAACCUCUCAGUCGGAUGCUGAUAAAACCUACACAGCUGGAUUAGAAACUGACAGCUUUGAGAGGAUGGGGAAGUGUUAGGGAAAUUUCCCCCUCAUUAUUCCAUGAGGAGUUGAUGGUGACAACAGUUCUCGCCGGCAACAAGAAUCAAAAAGAUCUCCAGGAGAUGGGGGGUAAUAGUGAAAGUCUAUAUAUUAGAAGCACUCGAGCCUAACUUCCGGGAGGUUCAGGAAAAAAGAAACCAGGAGUACUAUUACUGUGUUCGAUAUUUUCCAAGGAGAGGUAAAACCCAGGAAAUGGUUGCUGCAGAUCCUUACAUAUCAUCCAACUUCCAUAGCAAUGGAGGAGGCAGUGGAGGUAUCGAUUCAAGCGAUCUCGAUCUUAAUCUCUGUCAAUUCCCGUGCUAUCCAGCAUUCUCGGAGAAACGUGGGCCGGAUUACAGCUUAGACCAGCCAAGAACUCAAAAGAAGCUGAAGCAGCAAACUGAUGAUAGUGGGUCCCCUACUGACACCAGCUCUGGCGGGUUCUAUGAGGCUAACAGCAGCAGCAACAGUAGCUUCAACAGCUUGCCAAAGCUCCAGUUCCGAGACUAUGUAUGGGCGUAUGCGGAGAGGUUCCUGGCCAUCGAGGCCAUGGAGGAAGCUGCUGCAAUGACUUUGGCAGUGGAAGAAGAAGAAGAGAAAGUUGAGGUUAAAGAAGAGCCAGGUGUCGAUGGGAUGAAGCUCGUCCAGCAGCUGAUCGCCUGCGCGGAAGCAGUCGCAUGUCGCGACAAGGCUCACGCAUCGGCGCUGCUGUCUGAGCUGCGAGCCAAUGCGCUGGUAUUCGGGACUUCGUUUCAGCGCGUGGCAUCCUGUUUCGUCCAAGGGCUGUCCGACCGCCUUACACUGGUCCAGCCCCUAGGGACCCAUGGGGUCCUCAGUUCAGCACCUGCUAGAGCCUUGGCCUCGUCCUUUUCAGCUGAAAAGGAUGAGGCUUUGACGCUGGCCUACGAGCUUUGCCCGCAGAUCCAGUUCGGACAUUUCGUGGCAAACGCAUCAAUCCUCGAAGCCCUUGAGGGAGAGAGUUCAAUUCACGUUGUGGACCUUGGGAUGACACUAGGCCUCCCUUGCGGUCAGCAAUGGCAGAAUCUGAUGCACAGCAUAGCUGGACGCAUCAGAAAGUCGUCGGUUCCACGUCUACGAAUCACAGGCGUGGGGCCUGAAGCCGAUCGCCUGCAGGCAAUCGGACUCGAGCUCAGUUGCUAUGCUGCCAACCUGGGUUUGAAUUUUGAGUUCAUGUAUAUCAGGAGCAGUUUAGAGAGUCUGAAGCCCGAAGAUUUUGACGUCCAGGAAGGGGAAGCCGUGGUGAUCAAUAGCGUCCUCCAGAUGCAUUGCGUGGUGAAGGAGAGCCGUGGCGCUCUGAACUCGGUCCUUCAGGUCCUGAAUGAGCUGUCGCCCAAGGCAUUUGUCCUGGUCGAGCAGGACUCGAAUCACAACGGCCCCUUCUUCCUGGGGAGGUUCAUGGAAUCACUGCAUUACUACUCGGCCAUCUUGAUUCGCUGGACUCGAUGCUGCCCAGGUAUGACACCAGGAGGGCGAAGAUCGAGCAAUUUUACUUUGCGGAUGAGAUCAAGAACAUUGUGAGCUGCGAGGGGCCGGCUAGGGUCGAAAGACAUGAGAGGUCAGAUCAGUGGCGCAGAAGGAUGAGCAGGGCCGGGUUCCAGGCUUCGCCGUUGAAGAUGUUGGCGCAGGCUAAGCAGUGGCUUGGCAAGGCCAAGUUCUGUGAUGGGUAUACUGUGGUCGAGGAGAAAGGUUGCUUGGUUCUUGGAUGGCAAUCAAGACCCAUCAUCGCAGCUUCUUGCUGGAGGUGUUCCAAGAUUUAAAAGAAAAGUACAGGUUCUGUUAAUGGAUUUCAAAUAAACCUCCACCAAAGAUUCUGAUCAGAAUCCCCCCACUCUGCAAUUUGUUUACUUUGUGAAAUAAGGGUUUUUGCUGUUUUCUUAUUCCUGAUGAACCAGGGAAUCUUAAAGCUUCGGCCUUUUCCCCUGGAAAUAACUGUCUCGAUUUUCUCUGUUCAUGUUUCCUUUGUGUUAUCACUGUUUCUGUUUAGCCAACUCGCCACUGAAAGAAGCAAUCCCCUGGUGGAAAAAGAGAAAUCUUUUCAAUUGGCCUUGGGAUUAUCAGGAACUAUGCUUUGCUAUUUGAUUAAUGAAAUGAAGCUAUCAGCUUAAAAUUGUCCAAUUUUUGCAGCUGCGAGACAUGUUUAAACUGGAGGCUAGAGUAGCUGCCACGUGUAUGGUGGAUACAUAGAUUCCCUAUUCUGCUCCUUGUAUGGAUUAGAUCGCUUGUACUCUGUUUGAGCAAGAACCAAGUUCAAUUAGAAAUAGAAGUGGGUAUGUCACUAAAUGCACUGGUGAGGCUGCCAUUAUCGAGUUCGUCGAGAACUCUAGAAGAUGGAUUGGUCAAGCACUCGUUAUUCUCACCUCAGAGAUGCAGGGUGACGCGACGUGGGAGUUCUUUAUCAGUAGUUGAAGCCAAGGGGAAGAGAGGGAUGGCAAAUCGCCAGUUUCAGCAGAGACCUCCUCCAUUGCCCAAGUUCGUCAUCUUCAUCCGCAUGGCCAAUAUCAUGAUCUGAAGAACAGUAACAUGUUAGAGUGGACUCAAGAACAUUGUGCAAUCUCAACAGUAACAUGUUUACAUAUGGUACCCGCUUAGUCUAAUAACAGGCGGUACAACAGCUAAAAUCAUGGUUGCUGCCAAGGACAACUUUCUGGGCAAGUACAUAUACAAAGACACACUUGCUCGAAACCUUGCCGCGGUAAUCUAUAGAGUAAGUUGGAUGAGAAGGAAACACAGAAGACUGCAAUCAAGCAACAUCGUUUGUUACGAUCAGCAACCGAGUUCAGAUAUGGUUACAAGCUCAUUAGCUGGUCUGGCGACGAAUGAGGUCAUUGUGAGCUUCCGACGCAAGACAAACUGAAGACAGUGGUUGACAAAGUGAAAGACUUCUUUGGGGAUGCGAAGGAAUCCUUCGGGAAGCUACAACGCUAAAUUCGACUGGAGACGAGACGAGGAGGCGCAACAAGAAGUUACAAAGGUAGACGAGAAAGCAAAAUUGUGCAGAGUUAAAAGCCUGAAAACCCAGAGAGAAAGUUGCAAGCUUUACAGUUGAUCGGUAGCCCAUUGGUUCCUCCAGAUUGAAAAGAGGUUUUUAAGCAAGAGAUCUGUGGUUGCCAUGGUGAGGUUAUUAAAUGUACAGCAUUGUCUUGCUCCAUGAUUUUGGCCAUUGCAUGUCUAUACCUUGUCAAUUUGUCACCCAUUUCAAUCUAUGUAUAUCUGUCUAGCAUGUUCUUUCACAUGUAAGCAUGGAAUGGAAUUGAAACAUGUACUGAUUUUUCAGUAUCUCUUCAUUAGCCUAGUGGUGAUCCGCCUAAAGUGUUGUUGUAGCUCAGCACAACAGGGUCAGCCAAUUGAUUUUGGUUUUGCGGGUUUUGGUAGUCCAAAGUCUGCCAAAAGACAUGCAACUGCAGUGUGUAGAACUGAUGACCGACUUCCCUAGCCUCGAUGAGCUUACAAGCACAGAAGAGAUCAUGUGUAAUCCAAUUCCAGGCUGGGCUAGGCGGCCGAUGAUAAUGAGAAAAUUGUCAUCGCUUGUUUGUUGAUUGAACCCAAUUCUCCAAAUUGCUUAUCUUCCCAGGUGAAACCCUCCAGCUCCAGCAGCUUCAGCAUCAAAGCCAUGGCGCCAGAUGGCAGGGGAAACCUUGACCAAUUGCAGAGGAUCAACAACAACAAUAAGCAGCAGCAGCAGGCGCCACAACCCAGAAGGAAAAUUGUUCCUUCUGCUCCUGUAGGGCUGUGGGACAGAUUCCCAACGGCGAGAACCGUGCAACAGAUGAUGGACACAAUGGAGAGGCUAGUGGAAGACCCGUUGCUAUUAGCCUAUUCACCGCAAUUGUCAAUGGAGGAUCCAAGAGGAGGCUACAGCAGCAGGGGGAGGACGCCAUGGGAGAUCAAGGAAGGUGAGAAUGAGUACAAAAUGAGGUUCGACAUGCCCGGAAUGACCAAAUCUGAUGUCAGAGUGUGGGUUGAAGACAAGAUGUUGGUUGUCAAGGCUGAGAAAUCCGCAGCCAAUAAGGAUGGGGAGGUAGUAGAGGGAUCUGAUUGUAGUGAUUGGUCUGCCAAGAGUUACGGGAAGUACAGCAGUAGGAUUGCUUUGCCUGAGAAUGUUGAGUUUGAGAAGAUUAAAGCGGAGGUUAAGGAUGGGGUGUUGUAUAUCAGUAUCCCCAAAGCUGGUCCUGGUUCCAAGCUUCUUGAUAUCAAUGUUGAGUGAUUUUUUUUUUCUUUCUUUUGGACGGAUGGUUUGUACAAGAGUUUAUUGAAAGUCUAAUUAACUCCUAUGUCUAACAUUCUGGUUAAUUUUUUUGGUAUUUAACAUCUGAACUAAUCCUACAGAUUAUUAAUUUGACUAAAGUCGAG